CUUUCAUCAGCACCAGCCCUUCUAAGCAGAGGUACAAGCUGCAUAGUACAGACUCUGCCCAGAAUGACGUCAGCCAGCCUCUAGCAGCAGGACCAGAAGUGAUUGAAUGCACACAACAGCCGGGCAGACUCUCUUCGUAUUGCCAUCCAAACCCCAGCAACUGCAAGGCAUAAACCACAGGCAAUGCAUGCAUCUCAUUCAAUUUAAACCAGGUUUCCUGUCUUUCUGGCUUUGUCUUUGGAAAAGACAGGCUACAGAUUGAUGCUGCAUAGGAGGCACAGAAGGAAAAGGAAUUGCCAGAUCUUCUUUGCUACCUAAUCAGGAGGGUGUCACCAUCUUAUUAAUAUCAGCUGGAUAUUAAUAUUGUAUAUUUAGAGGGGUCUCUCAUUCAGUCCAUUAUUUGCUUGUCCUUAAGACUGAAGGUUCCUUAUUCAUCCAUGUGGCUUUCUGUAACAAGACCAGAUACUGCAGCUUGCCGCAUAGAUUAGAUGUUUUUUUCUCUGCCUCAAGAUGUGAUACUUGUUUUGGAUUGGUAUUUUACCUUAAUGUGAGCUGCCUGCUUAGAGCUGAGGAUGGGAGCUGUAUGAAUAUCUACGGAUCUGUAUGAGCAUUUACCUACACAUGACUGUGGAUCACUGGUGGGGUUUCUGCACGUGGUCACAGUAAGAGAAGCCCUGUGCACCUCUUCUUUGGUACAAUUCAUCAAACAAAGGAAUCUUAGCAGGCAGGGAAAGCAAUGCUCCGGUAAAGUGCACUUGAUCAGGAGGCAUUUUAGGAUUGUCAUUGUACUGGGAGGGAUGCAAGAUAGGAAAGGAUUUUCCCUGCUGCUGUCUAGAAGGCUCUCUCCUUCUAUCUACUUUUCAUCUCUGAGGUCAGGGGGUAAAGAAACAAUCUACUUUGGAUCUGUAUAACUGCCUUUUAUCUUAUUAAUGUGGACACACUCAUAUUUUAUUAUUUAAAAUACAUCUUAUCAAUCAUUCAUUUAUUUCUGAGUAAUAACUCAUGCUCAUACCUAUUGCAGUGUGUAUAAUAAGGAAUUAUAACAUCAUUGCAUAGAAUCGACAACAUGACACACUUGCAGGCAGGCCUUUCUCCGGAGACACUAGAGAAAGCACGAUUGGAGCUAAAUGAAAAUCCAGACACCUUGCAUCAAGACAUCCAGGAGGUAAGGGACAUGGUAAUUACAAGGCCGGAUAUAGGCUUUCUCAGGACUGAUGAUGCUUUCAUCUUGAGGUUUCUAAGGGCCCGGAAGUUCAAUCACUUUGAGGCAUUCCGCUUGUUGGCCCAGUACUUUGAGUAUCGCCAGCAGAACCUGGACAUGUUCAAGAACUUCAAGGCCACAGAUCCAGGCAUCAAGCAAGGACUCAAGGAUGGCUUUCCUGGGGUGCUAUCCAAUCUUGAUCACUUUGGUAGGAAGAUCCUGGUUUUGUUUGCUGCAAACUGGGACCAGAGCAGGUAUACUCUAGUAGACAUUCUACGGGCAAUACUGCUAUCACUAGAAGCUAUGAUAGAAGACCCAGAACUACAAGUCAAUGGAUUUGUUUUGAUUAUAGACUGGAGCAACUUCACCUUUAAACAAGCAUCCAAACUUACUCCAAGCAUGCUGAGACUUGCCAUAGAAGGUCUGCAGGACAGUUUUCCUGCACGCUUUGGAGGAAUCCAUUUUGUAAAUCAACCUUGGUAUAUACAUGCCCUGUACACUGUUAUAAGGCCUUUCUUAAAGGAAAAGACACGGAAAAGGAUAUUUUUGCAUGGGAAUAACCUAAACAGCUUGCAUCAACUAAUUCAUCCAGAGAUUCUACCUUCUGAGUUUGGAGGAAUGCUACCACCAUAUGACAUGGGAACAUGGGCAAGAACACUGUUGGAUCAUGAGUAUGACGAUGAGAGUGAAUACAAUGUAGAAACUUAUAGUAUGCCAACAAAAGAGGUGGAAAAGGACUUGUCUCCUAAAGCCAUGAAAAGAUCACAGUCAGUAGUGGAUCCAGGGGUGCUGAAACACAAUGACAAAAAUGAAGAAGAAAACCUGCAACCUUUAUUGUCGCUUGAUUAGCACUUUCAUGGCAAAAUGCUCUGCUAAAUGACAGAAUUUCCAGAAAUAGUGAAACACCUUAUAAGAAUGUAACUGGAAAAUAUUAUGUAUGUAAUGUUACGAAAUGUAAUCACACAAAAGUGUUUCCAUUCUUUGCAGUUCUGAGAGAUCACCAAUGCAUUUAAUGCAUUUAUUCUGUAAGUGACAAUUUGUCUGUAAAUAGAGUUCAGUGUACUGUAAUCUCUCUUUAGAUUUAUAAGUCAUGACUAGAACAUGUGAACAAAAUAUAAACACCAAUUUAUGUCUGAAAUGUGUAAUGUUCACAAAAACUGACACAACAAAGAAUAUAUAAUUGUCCUAGGCUCCAUCUUUUUAUAUAAAGCCAUAAAGCAGCUGCCACACUGCAUUUACUUUGAAUACCGCAUAGAGGAACUUCUGUACAAAAUGGUUUUGCUAAUUAAAAAAAGACAUUUCUAACUGUAUAGCAUAUCAUCAUAUUGGGGAGUGCCGUUUACCUUUCUUGGUUUUAUGAAUUAAAAAAACAGAGGAAAGAAUAUCUGUACUGUGCCAAAUCAGCUUGUUUUGGGGAUUUGUAAUGUUAUUUUUAUAGUGCCAUUACAGCCUUGUCAGUGAAAUGUAUAAAAAUAACUGAGUGCAAACAAAGUGCUAUAAUAUGGAAUUAAUUGGAUACACUCAAAACAUUUUUGGAUCUCAUUUUAUCUUAUUCAGAGAGAGAGUCAAUAUUGCUUCACAAUUACAAAGAAAUCCAAUAAUGAUAAUGUUGUCUACAAUCUUGUAUAUUGUUUAAUGUUGGGUUCAUGUAGUCACUCAGAGCAUAUUUUAUCAUCUGCAAAUUGUACACAACCACAUUAGUUCAAGCUAUACCAUGUGUUAAUAGAAACAUUAUCUUCAGGCAUUUCCAAGAUGUGUUAUACAAAUACACUACUGUACACAUUUACAGUGAAGGAAAUGAUUUUAAAUCUCAUCUUAUUUAUCAAGUCCCUUUAUGUGGGUUAUGUAAUACAAAGUAAUUUCCAACACAAUUUUAUAUUGGUUACUAUACCUUGGCAGAUUCUGUGCUCAAAGAGUGCAUAAUCAAAAGGUGUAUCAAAAAACAUAAUAUUUAAUAUACAGCCAGACCCUUAUUAAUCUAUGAGGAUGGCCUUGGAAUGAGCAAAAACACAAGUUAACAGCUUAGUUAAAUAACAAAGGCUCUUUCAGAAGUAUACUGUAAAUAACCACAGACAAUUUUUUUAAUCUGUGCUGGGGCUGGGAAGAAACACAGUAAUCUUAAUGUUAUUAAUAAGAAAUUUCAGUUUGUAAUUUAAAUGGUUGAAAAUCCUUUUUUACCCUUUGUACAAAUUGUGUUUUUUUCUGGCAUGUGUGUAAAAACUAUGCCACGUUAACAGUGUUUUAAAAUCUUGCCAGGAUACAUACUGUAUGUAGUGUAUUGUACCGAAAAGACUUGGGCUCACCCACAUCUAGUAAUCCAAAGCAACCAAUUAGAUUUUGUUUUGAACAGUUGACCUGUAAAUGCUACCCCCUGAUUGGUUGCUAUGGGUACUAGACAAGUAGAAAUGUCCAACCAUUUAUUAUUACAUUACUGCCAUAAAAUACUUUGUUUUAAUUUUUCAGCAGGGGCAUUUAUAAAUAUAGACUUUGGCCUGGAUGUUCAUAUGCCCAAAGAAUGUUUCAGAUUUCUUUAAAUUUGCACUGUAUAGUUUAGUUUGUUCUUGUAAUUCUUAAACCUGUCUUAUUUAUCAUAGUUUGCUCCAAAACAGAUUGCCUGUGCUAGAUAAAAAUGGAGUCUGACCACAGUCAAUGAAAAAUUUGGUCUUGUAACCCAUAGGUACCAGUCAUAAAGUAUGUAUGCUUUUUAAUAAGAGGCUGAUACAUGCUACUUGCUUGCUGGUUGCUAUGAAUUACUACAAGCAAAGCCCUCUUAGAAAUUGUUUUAUUAUGUUCCCUACACAUUCACAUAGUCUACUACAUAUACAAGGUCUGAGAAAACAUAAUUGAUAACAAAUAUGUGUUGUGCUUAAGAUGAUUAAAUUUCGGUAUGUAUUUAAUAACACACUAUGACAUAAUUUUGAACUAUUAUUUAACAAGAAUUUUUAAAACUUUAGUCUGUAUUUGUGCUUUUGUAGCUGAAACCCCCAAUACACUUUGUUUUAAUAAAUUACAUAAAGUUAUCUGCAAUGCAGUCACAUUUCCAACGUGAUAGAACAUUUUAAGAUAUUUUUUUUCUUUGGGACCUGGAAUGUGUAUAACCAUGAACCCCACAUAAGAGAAUGUACAUGUUUUGUACAGGAUUGGUACCAUAGGUGACGCUGAGAUGCACUCCAGAGAGACAGUAGGCCUUUGGCUGUUACUAUGGUAACAGAAUGAUUCUUUCUCUAGCUGAUGUGCUAUGUCUGUGCAUUAUAAAUAUUUAAUGUGAGAAAAUGUUUUUGCUGCCAUCCUUUUUCAAAGGGAGAAUGAAAUCAGGACACACUGCUCUUUAUGGAGAAUAUUCUGUAUGAUCUUGCCUUUUAAAAAAAGGUAAGAUCAUCCUUCUGCAUUGCUUGUAUGGAAAUAUAAUAUUCCACUCUACUGCAUUACUUGUAUGGAGAAAUAUUUAAUAUUGAAUAUUUAUUACUGGGCAUUGUAAAGCAUGAAAUAGGCCACAAAUAAAGCCAUGGAUUAAGGCUAUCCCUGCUAAAGGCCACAUGUAUCCAACACACUGCUGCUCAUGCCACUGAGUGAUCUGCAUCCCCUCCUACAGGGGUAAUCUUAACUCCUGGCCUGUUAAAAACCCAUAAUGCAAUGACACCCUUUUGACACUGUUUUGUGGCAUAUGAUGUUAAGGAAGUAAGAUUUAUUAUUUAACGCUUUCUCUACUUCUAUAGCUAUUCUUAUCAAAGAUAAUGUUUGUGUGAUGUUUGUGGAUUGAACCAGUUAAAAGGAAAUAUUUUUACAAUCUAUCAACAAAGUGUUUAAAUAUGACUUAAUACAUUAGGAUAAAUAUUUUAUUUAUUUGUAUUUAUUUAAUUUAUUUUACCAGGAAUAAAUUUAUGUGGAUUCUGUAGUCUCUUCUUUUUUGUCUUGCCGUAUUUUCAGAGUGUGUUUUCUGCACACUAUGUACAGUACGGGUAUAAAUAUUUCUUUAGACACAUAGCCAAAACACUGUAAUGAUAUCUGCGCAUGUGUUGAUGUAUAUCUUUAACAUUACAAUAAAAAUGCAUUAAUUAUUA